AUGUUUUUAGAGUUAGUAUCUAUACUCAUUGUAACCUCAUGGAGUUGUGCUAUUGGGGAAUACUUUUUUUAUUUUAGUUGCUAUGGUUGUCCGAAUGGUUAUUUUUGUCCUGGAGAUGAUUAUGACUAUAGUUGUAAUUGCAAUUCUUGUAACAAUAUAAAUGGAAUAUGUUAUUCAAGUUGUUCUACAGGUUAUGUGAAAGAUGAAAUUGGUAGGUGUCAAAAAUGUGCACCAGGUUAUUAUAGAAGUUCAGAGAGAAUAUGUAGUAAAUGUGACAAUGGAUAUUAUUGUCCAGGAGAUGGAUUUCAAUACAAAGCUAAUUGCUACAGAUUUAACAAACAAACAGGUGUUUGUAAUUCAAAUUGCUAUUUAGGUUAUGUUAAGUCUGCUGAUGGUAAAUGUCAAGAAUGUUCUAGUUCUUAUUUUAUGAAUGAAGGAAGUUGUUUAUCUUGCAAUUGUGACUCAUGUAAUUCAACUACUGGUGUUUGUUUUUCUAAAUGUGAUAGUCAAACAUCCUAUUCAAAUGGUUUUUGUUCCUAUUGUAACCCUGGAAAUUAUUACAAAAAAAUAUAUUCAUAUAGUUGUUAUAGUUGUAAAAAAAGUUUAUAUUGUCCUGGAAAUGAUAAUGCCUAUUAUUGUAAUUGCAGGAAUUGUGAUUCAACAACUGGAAAUUGCAAGAGUUAUUGUUAUGCUGGGUAUGAAAAAGAGAGUUCAACUGGCAGAUGUAUUCCUUGUCAAGAAGGAUAUUAUUCAAUUGGUGAUGGAGAGCAAUGUAAGAAGUGUGGGUGUAGUAUUUGCGAUAAAAAACAAGGAUGUUCUAUUGGUUGUGAUCCAGGAUAUAGUUAUGAUUCAAAUAAAAGACAAUGUACUAUUUGUUCUUCAGGAUCUUACUCUAUUGGAGGAAAGGGUUCAUGCUUAUCAUGUGAAGGAAAUACUAUUUCUUCUGUAGAAGGUUCAUCUUUAUGUGAACCAUGCCCAACGAACCAAGUUGCUAAUCUUCAGAAAACAGUUUGUGAAUAUUGUGUUGAAGGAAAAUACUUCAGUAACGGUGUGUGUUUACCUUGUCCUGACGGAAAAAUUAAAGAGGAUAGAACAACAAGUUAUUGUCACUCAUGUGAGAGAAAUGAAAUUUCAAAUUCUGACCAUACUCAGUGUCUUCAAUGUGAAGCUGGAAAAUAUAAAAAUGGAAAUAGUUGUUCUUAUUGUGGCCCAAAUCAGUACUCAUUAAAAGGAGCAAUUUCAUGUCUUUCUUGUGAUAGCUCAUGUUUAUCUUGUGAUCCAACUAAUGGGUAUUGUUUAACUUGUAAUAAAGGGUCAUACUUAAAUACACAAACGAAUAAAUGUGAGUUAUGUCCUGCUGGAACUUAUUCAAGUAUAACAACUGCAAAUUCUUGUAAUAAAUGUUUAGAACAAGAAUGGUCUCCUUCUGGGUCUAUUACAUGCUUUCCAUGUAAUGAGAAUUGUCAAGAGUGUGACAACACAAAUGGUAGAUGUAGGAGUUGUCCAAAAGGGUAUGGUUAUGAUGCAAAGAAUGGAAUCUGUACAAUAUGUAAGAUUGGGACAUAUUCUAGUGGAGGGAUUAAUGGAUGUUAUGUCUGUAAUGUUGGCUCAGUUCAACCACAAAUGGGUCAAUCAAGUUGUGAGCCAUGUGGUGAUGGGUUUUAUCAAGAUGCAAAAGAAAGUUCAACUUGUAAGCCAUGUUCUUCUUCUUGUAGUAGUUGUUCGAAAACUACUGGAGCAUGCCUGAGUUGUAAAGAAGGUUAUGGAUUAAGUAAUGGAGUUUGUAGUGAGUGUCCACCAGGAACACAUAAUCCAGUCACAAAUACAGGUAUGUGUAUUAGUUGUGAGUCUGGUACUUAUUCUAAUUUACCUCAACAACAAAAUUGUAUUGAAUGUCCACAACUUUAUUGGUCAAAUCCUAACUCUAUUUCUUGUAAAGUAUGUGAUGAAAGUUGUAAAUCAUGUGAUAAAACGAAUGGAAAAUGUCUUACUUGUAAACCGGGAUACGGAAUUAACUUGAAAGAUGGAACUUGUACUGCUUGUGGAUAUGGGAAUUAUUCAAAUGGAGAAACAUCAGUAUGUCAAAUAUGUGAAGAUGGUUAUUAUACUAAUCAAAUAAAACAAGAAGUUUGUCAACCAUGUUCUUCCAGUUGCAGUGAAUGUGAUAAAUUAUCAGGAGAAUGUAUUCAUUGUAAAGCAGGACAUCAGUUAGAAAAUGGAAUUUGCAAAACUUGUCAAGAAAUGACCUAUUCACUUCUCAACCAAGAUAAAUGUACUUCUUGUGAUAGUUCAUGUAAACAAUGUUCAAGUGUAACAGGAAAAUGUACUAGUUGUCCAAAUGGUGAAAAGACUGUUUCAGGGGUUUGUAGAAGUUGUGCAAUAAAUGGGCAUUGUGUUUUAUGUUCAUUAGAAACUAAUGAAGAGGAAAGGCAAUGUAAACAAUGUUCUGACGGAUAUUAUUUUAAAUCAAACAAUUGUUAUGAGUGUAAUAAAUUAGAUCCAAAUUGUUUAGCUUGUAACCCAUCAGAAGAAAAAUGUAUAUCGUGUUCAGGAAAUACUAUAUUAAAUGAAUUAGGAACAAAAUGUGUUCCAUGCAAAGAUGGAGAAGUUAAAAUUAGUGAAACACAAUGUGUUCCAUGUUCUUCUAAGAUAGAAGGAUGUUCUUCAUGUAUUUUUAAUUCUAUUUCAAAUAUUAAAUGUGCAUCAUGUUAUGCACCAUAUGAAUUAACUAAUGAACAAACAAGUUGUAUUAAUUGUCUUACACAAUUAAAUUCGUAUUAUGAUCAAGAUACAAAGAGAUGUAUCACAAAUAAUCAAGGAUGUUUAGAUCAGGUAAGAAAGACAGAAUGUAUUAACUGUGAUUCAAACAACUAUUAUCUGAGAAAUGGAAUUUGUUCAACAUUUGAUUCACAAUGUACAAAAAAGACUUCAAAAGGAUGUGAAGAGUGUUCAAAUCUGAUUAUCCCAAAUAAUAGUCAAUGUAAUAUUAAUAUUGAACAUUGCAAAUAUGGAAUGAGUUCAACACAAGAUAUUUGUUAUUUGUGUGAAUUAAAUUAUCAAAAUAAUAAUGGAAAUUGUGAACAAACUACAGGGAAGUGUCAGUAUUAUCAAAAUGAAUAUUGUUUAUUAUGUAAUGAGGGAAUAUCAAAUGGAAAACAAUGUGUCUCUUGUAAUAAAGGAGUGAGUGUAUGUAUAUAUUAUCAUAAUAAAGAAGUACCAAUAAGAUGUUCAGAUGGUUAUUUCCUUGGUUCUAAUAAUGAGUGUGUUGAGAAAACAACAACAAAUUGUCAAAUCAUUAAUAAUAGUUAUUGUAUUCAAUGUGGACCUCACCAAUAUAUCAAUCAUGGGAAUUGUAAAAAUAAUAAUGAAGAGUGUGAAAUAGAGGAUAAGAAUGGAUGUCUAAAAUGUAAUGAUGGAAUUUCAAUAAAUGGAGAGUGUCAAAGUACAACCACUUUAAAUUGUAAUAAAGUCAAUAAAAAUCAAUGUUUAGAAUGCAAAGAUAAUAAUUAUAGAAAUAUUAAUACUUGUUCACCAAUUGAUACAUUAUCUACUGAAUUAAAACAAUGUAAAACAUAUAAUGUAAUAACAGAAAAAUGUUUAGAAUGUUCUAAUGAAUAUUUAUUAUAUCACAAUACUAAAUGCCAAGCAAAACAAGAACCACAACAAAAUAAAAUAAAAAAAGAAGGAACUAUUGACAAUUGUUUUGAAAGAACAAGUAAAGGGUGUUUAAGAUGUAAAUCAGGAUAUUAUCUUGAAGAUGGAGAUUGUUUAGAAUGCCAAGGAGAUUGUUGGGAAUGUUCAAGUAAGGAUUAUUGUACAGGGUGUGAUCCAUAUUCUUAUCCUAGUAAUGGAAAGUGUAUAAAAAUGAAUGAUUUAGUUCAACGAUGUGACCAAAUGAUGUCAACAUAUACAGGUUGUGUCAAUUGUAAAGAAGGAUAUUAUAAAGCAGAAGAUGGAAAAAAUUGUAAUAAGUGCGAUAAAUCAUGUUUAUCUUGUAUGAAAAAUAAUACUUGUAUACAAUGUGCUGAAGAUUAUUUUAGAUAUGGACUUGAAUUAUCAACACUUUGUCUUCCUCAAACUCAAAUUAAUAAUUGUUUGAAUAAAACAAAACAUGGCUGUGAAAUUUGUGAAGAUGGAUAUUACAGAACAAGUGUAUAUCAAUGCAAAAAAUGUAGAGUUAAUUGUACGAGUUGUUCAAACGAAAAUCAAUGUUUAAGUUGCAUAACAGAAAAUGUAUUAGGUACUAAUGGUAAUUGUUUACAUUAUUCAUUCAUAUCAAAUUGUAUUAAUUCAUCUGAAUCAAAGUGUUCAGAAUGUUCUAAAGGAUAUAGAUUAGAUGAUGAAGAAACAGGAUGUGUUGAAAAAAAGAAAAAUAUUGGAAUGAUCAUUGGUAUUACAAUUGGAACAUUUAUAAUUGUUUUGAUUAUUGUUAUUACCAUUAUUAUUAUUAUUUCUCUAUUCUAUAUUCAACAUAAAAAAGAAAAGAAGAAGAUGGAUAAUAUUUGUGUCUUUGAAAUGAAGAGAUCUAAUAUUAAAAUGGAAGAAUUAUAUGAUGUAAUUUGUUCUAAUACAAAUGAAAUUAAUUUCAAUUCAGAUAGAGAUAAGAUUAAAGUAAAUGAAGAAUCAAGGGAAUUAGUUUGUAUUGGAAAUAAUGGAAAUAAUAGAAUAAAAGUUCAAUUCACUACACAAGAUGGAAAUGAGAAAUAUAACAUAAGAACUGAACCAAAGAUUAUUACAUUGAAAAAAGGAGAAGCCUGUGAAUUUGAAAUUUUUAUUAUUCCAUUAUGUACAUGUACAAUAGAAGAUGAUAUAACAAUAGUAGGAUUAGAUAUUGGAACGAGUAAAGAAAUUAUUGCUCCAAUGAAAAUUAAAUUUGAUACAGAACUAACAACACGACUUGAUCCAGAUGAAUUAAUAGAAGAAAAGAAAAUAGGAGAAGGAUCAUUUGGAAUAGUUUAUAUUGGAAAAUUUAGAGGAAGUAAAGUAGCAAUUAAGAAAAUGAAAGAAAUUGCACAAACCAAAACAGCUAUUGAUGAAUUUGAGAAAGAAGUUGCAAUGUUAGAUAAAUUUAGAAGUGAAUAUAUUAUUCAUUUUUAUGGUGCUGUAAUGAUACCUGGAAAAGUAUGUAUGGUAACAGAAUAUGCAAAGUAUGGAUCAUUACAGGAUAUGAUUGAUAAAAGAAAAGAAACAUUAAUACCAAUGAAAAUGAAAAUUAAAUUUAUGAUAGAUGCUGCAAAAGGAAUACAAUAUCUUCAUUCAAAUGGAAUAUUACAUCGUGAUAUUAAACCUGAUAAUAUUUUAGUUAUUUCAAUAGAAGAAAAUGAACAAAUUAACUGCAAAUUAACUGAUUUUGGAAGUGCAAGAAAUGUUAAUUUAAUGAUGACAAAUAUGACAUUCACAAAAGGAAUUGGUUCACCAAAAUAUAUGGCACCUGAAAUAUUAAAUAAAGAACAUUAUAAAAUGCCAUCAGAUAUAUAUUCAUUAGCAGUAUCAAUGUAUCAAACUUGGAGUUGGAAAAAUCCAUAUGAUAAAGAUGAAAGUUCUCAAUUUAAAUAUCCAUGGAAAAUUGCUGAGUUUGUGACAAGCGGAAAACGAUUAGAAAGAGUACCAACAAUCCCAGAAAAAUUAUACAACGUCAUUGAAGAGUGCUGGAAGCAAAUUCCAGAAGAAAGAAUAAAAAUAAACAAUCUUGUUGAAAUUCUUGAACAACAAUACCAAAACGAAACGAAUUAG